AUGGCCGACCGACAGUCGACACUUCACAAUCUACACAACUUGCUGGGAAAGCUCGAUGAUCCCGACCCAGAUAUUCGUUAUAUGUCACUAAACGAUGUCUACGGCAUCCUGAGUUCACCAAACUCGCUCUUCUUGCUCAACGACAACGUAACGUCUGCGAAGUUAGCCGAUGGCCUUCUGGGAGCCUUGGAGGAUCAACAUGGAGAGGUGCAGAAUCAAGCUUUGAAAUGUCUAGGUCCUCUAGCUGGUCGGCUUCCUGUGGAUAGUCUAACGCCGCUCCUCGAGCGCAUUGCCGACCUAACGAAUUCAUCCUCCAUCGAUAGCUCCGUCCCAAAUACAGCACUUCGAGUCAUAGUAUCUUCCCUCCCUUCCCCAAGGUCAGCAGGUGCUGCGAGUCCAGAGGCAACCACCGCAUACGCAGCCGUCUCGAAAGUCCUCCUUCCCCGACUCACAGGCGAAAAGCAGGUGAGGAGCACCCGCAGAGGUUCUGUUGCUCAGGGAAUGCUUGAAAAGGAUGCAGCCAAAGGUUACAGCAGCGAUGCUAUUGAUGUCGUUAUUGAAUUGGUCAAUUGCUUUGGGUCGUUACUCAAAGAAGCUGAGAUCGCAUCUCUACAAAAAUCAGUCAUGGCUAUCAUUGAGAACGAUACUGCUGGAACCGUAGUAACAAAACGAGCUCUUACUGCAACUGCAGCUCUAGUUAUUCAUUUCUCCGACGCCCAUUUGAGUGCCUUUGUGUCAGAAUUGAUCGAGAGUCUCCGUUCCGCACAUCUGACGAUAACGAGACGUCGUCACCUCAUUGCAACCAUUGGCAGCCUCUCACGUGCUGCUCCAUCGAAAUUUGGACCAUAUCUCAAGACUCUUGCCCCGUUUGUCCUCGCAGCAGUUAGCGAACAAGAAAUGGACGAGAUGCAACAAGACGACUCCGAUGAUGGAGAGCACGACCCUCAAGCAGACGAGCUUCGUGAGAUUGCACUGAUUACUUUGGAAGGACUGCUAUCUUCAUGUUCGCAAGAGAUGCAACCAUACCUCAUAGAUUCUCUAAAUGCCGCAUUAAGAUAUCUAAAGUACGAUCCAAAUGUAGCAUUCGAUGAGGACGAGGAAAUGGGCGGUACGCAGGAUGAGGGAAGUGAGGAUGGCGCGACUGAGGAACCUGACGAAGCCGAUGAUGAAUUCGAAGACUUUGAGGAUGAAGGUGGCUACAGUGACGUUGACGACGUGAGUUGGAAAGUUCGGCGCUGUGCAGCAAAGACUUUGCAUACAAUAGUCUCCUCAUACGGCACUGGGCGGCUGUUAGAGGAUGGCACGCUCUAUCACCAGGUUGCACCCGCACUUAUAUCGCGCAUCUCCCGGGAAAGGGAAGAAAGUGUGAAGCUGGAGGUUGUUGUGACAUUCACGGCACUAGUUAGAAAGUCCAGUGAGAGUCUUACGGUGGUCGCUCUGAAUGGCUAUAGGGAAUCUGUAGGAGGAUCAAAAAACUCAAGGAAACGAAGACGUCAGGAUAGCUUUGCUGGAAUUAUUGAUUUCGAACCCAGUAUGGGGACUUCUUCCGCAAUUGAUACCCCCAUCGCUACCCCUAGUCCUCCGGAAUCUGGACCUCAGGCUGAACUGUUGCUGUUGCUCCCCGGACUUAUCCAGAACCUGGUUAAAAUGUGGAAAUCGGCUACCGUGGCUUUGAAACAGGCUUCUGUCGUACUUUUCAAGAGCCUAGCAUUGGCUCGUCACAGCGUCUUAACCGACUUUCUCCAGAAGAUUGAAGAUCCAAUUGCUGAUGCACUCAAGGCGUCAACUUCAGGUGGCACCAUCACAGCCGGUACAGCCGUCAGUGUUGCAACUUUGCAAAUUGAGACACUGUCCCUGAUAGGCGCAAUUGCUGAGACUCAUGCUUCGCAUGCCCUUUUGCCAUUCCUCAUCGCAUUGAUACCAGGCGUCAUCACGGCUGUCGGCGAUAGAAACUACAAAGUCGCUAGCGAAGCCCUCGGAGCUAUUGAAUGCAUUAUUAAGGCUCUUACUCCUCCGCGCGUAUCUACCAGCGAUGCCGGCAAUUUACGACCACAGCUACAGAAACUUUAUGAUGUCGUGGUGUCACGCAUUACUGACACCAGUGCCGAUCUUGAAGUCCGUCAAAGGGCUAUUCACGUAUUCGGUGUCUUGUUAGCCCGUACAUCUGGCGAUGCCGGACGUAAAUUCGUUUCCGAGACUCAUCGUUUCCAAGGACUUGAUGUUCUAGGAGAACGACUCAGGAACGAGACCACACGAUUGGCCACUGCACGUGCUAUCGACGAUAUUGCAGUUCUAGCGAUCAGCGCGCAAGAUGUGAACAAUGCAUGGAUCAGACAAAUAACUAGCGAGCUUGGGGCUCAACUUCGAAAGUCUGAUCGAACGCUCAGGAGUGCCUGCCUUGAAGCUCUCAGGAGCUUAGCGAUGAAUCCAAGCACAAGGGCUCAUUACGAUGAAGAAACAAUGCUUGAAGUAGAAAAAUCUCUCUUACCAUUGAUUGCUCCAGACGACUUCCACCUCCUAGCUCCUGCUCUUAUCAUCUUAGCCAAGCUUAUACCAGGUCACGCAAAGACUUUAGUCACAGGUGACUUGAUAUCCGCCAUAUGUGCUAUUGUUGCUGUCCCUUUGAUAGGGACUGUACUUAGAGCACUACUCCUGCUUGUCAAAGUUAUUGGAGAUCAGAAUGCCGGCGCUGACCUCAUGAAACGUCUCCUGCGUGAUGUCGGGAUCAACGGCGAUCCUUCAGUUGUUGGGCGAGCAAUCGGAACCUUGCUCGUACAUGGAGGGUCGAAAUUGGGCGUGAAGAUGGAGGAUUUCCUGGCCGAAUUACAAACCGCACAAGAUGAUCAGCGUAAAUGCCUGGCGCUGGCUAUCUUAGGCGAGGUGUCCCUCCGUAUGGGAGCAUCUUGCCCUAUCAAACCUGAUCUUUUCAUUUCGAAUUUCGAUGCCAAAUCGGAUAAGGUUCGUUUGGCCGCAGCUGUUGCGCUUGGUAAUGCUGCGGCAAGCAAUACUAAGACUUACAUGCCGAUCAUUAUUGACGAUUUGAACAAAACCAAAUCAUCCACCUAUUUGCUACUGCACUCCAUCAAGGAAAUUCUUCACCACCCUGAACGCGUCCGUGACGAAAUCGCACCGUUUGGCACUCAGCUUUGGCAGAUCCUGUUGUCCGCUUCUGAAAACGAGGAUAUUCGCGUUGUUGGUUCGGAAUGCCUUGGUCGGCUUGCUCUGCUAGACCCGGCAUCCUACGUUCCUCACCUACAAGACUAUCUAUCUAAUCAAAACGCCACUAUUCGUGGCACGAUAAUCUCGGCAUUCCGUUAUACUUUAUCUGAUUCUAGCGUUGCUUACAAUGAAGUCUUGCGACCGCUGAUUGUACCUCUUCUAGUGAGCAUGCUGAGUGAUCCAGAUCUUGGAAACCAUCGUCUCGCCCUGACUACCUUGAACUCGGCCAUACACAACAAGAUGGAUAUUAUUUACCCACAUCUAGCCGAAUUAAUGCCUGCAGUUGUCGGCGACACCCAUAUCAAGCCUGAACUUAUUCGUGAAGUGCAGAUGGGUCCGUUCAAGCACAAGGUUGACGAUGGUCUUGACCUUCGCAAAACUGCUUAUGAGACCUUAUAUGCAUCUCUCGAUGCGGCCCUCAAUCGGAUCAAUGUGUCAGAGCUUUUUGACCGUAUCCUUGCAGGUCUUGACGAUGAACAGGACAUUCGAACUUUGUGCAAUCUGAUGACGGCUAAAUUGAUUACACUAGCGCCCGCAGAAAUUCAACGACAGCUAGACUCAUUGUCAGAACGCUACACGGCAGUUCUGACGUUCAAACCAAAGGAGAAUGCCGUGAAGCAGGAAAUCGAGAAGGCGCAGGAAGCGUCGCUGGGUAUUUUGAAGAUAAGCCGCGAGCUUGACAAGGCUUUCCCCGUGAGUGAAGUUGGGAAUGAGCAUCUCAAAUGGAAGUCGUACAUGGAGUGGAUUCGAAAGAAUUUUCAACCACAGAUCCGCAACCUAGACGCUGAAGCGUAAAAAGUACAUUGGUGGUGGUACAUUUAGCUAUUGCUACAUAUUUCAAAUGAAAUCAUGAAAUCAACAAUA